CACUGUAACAAUCGUUUACGCCCGGCGGCCAUGUCCUCUGACGCCGGAACCCUAACCCUAGACUCUACCACUCUGUACAUAACCGCACUCAACUCCCUCUCCGAUAAAUCCUCAUCAAAUUCAAUCCCAUUAUCCCUUCCUCUCCCCCCAAUCCCUUCUUCAAUCCCCCAACCAAAACUCAUCCCAAGAACUCGCUUUAUCAUCGACGGUUUCAAAUAUGCCGCCGAUUUCUCCGUUUCUUACUUCCUCUCCCAUUUUCACUCCGAUCACUAUACUGGCCUGUCCUCUAAUUGGUCUAAAGGUAUCAUAUUCUGUUCCUCCACCACUGCUAACCUUCUCAUCCAAGUUCUCAAUGUUCCCGCGCAAUAUGUAGUGUCUUUACCGCUCUCCGAAUCGGUUUUAAUAGACGGUUCUGAAGUUUUUCUCAUCGAUGCCAAUCAUUGUCCUGGUGCUGUGCAGUUCUUAUUUAAAGUUGCAGUUAAUAAUGGAAAAUUUGAGCGGUACGUUCACACAGGUGAUUUUCGUUAUUGUGAUGACAUGAAAUUAGAGCCUGUAUUGAAUGCAUUUGUGGGUGCUGAUGCUGUAUUUUUGGAUACAACUUAUUGCCAUCCGAAAUUUAUAUUCCCUAGUCAACAGGAGUCAAUUGAUUAUAUAGUUGGAGUUAUAGAAAAAAGUGGAGUUGAGAAUGAGGGUUCAUUGAAAGAUAUCUUGUUUCUUAUUGCUACUUAUGUUAUUGGGAAAGAGAAGAUUUUAAUGGAGGUUUCGCGGAGGUGUCAGAGAAAGAUUCAUGUUGAUGGCAGAAAAAUGUCGGUUUUAGGAGUAUUAAGUCAUGGGGAGGAUGGGGUGUUUACUACUGUUGAAUCUGAAACUGAUGUUCAUGUUGUUGGGUGGAAUGUAUUGGGUGAGACUUGGCCAUAUUUCAGACCUAAUUUUGAGAAAAUGGAUAAGAUCAUGAAUGAGAAAGGAUAUUCCAAGGUGGUUGGUUUUGUCCCCACAGGUUGGACUUAUGAAGUGAAGCGGAAUAAGUUUUCAGUGAGAAAGAAAGAUUCCUUUGAGAUACAUCUUGUUCCGUAUAGUGAACAUUCAAAUUAUGACGAGCUUAGAGAAUAUGUGAAGUUUUUGAAACCAAAGCAUGUCAUCCCAACAGUAGGUACAGAUGUUGAGAAGCUGGAUAGCAAACAUGCAAAUGCCAUGCGGAAGCAUUUUGCUGGCUUGGUUGAUGAGAUGGCCAUCAAGCAAGAAUUCUUAAUGGGUUUUCAUCGUUGUGUCCAAGGGAAGGAGGAUGUAGAUGCAAAAGGAUCUGGUCUUGCUUUAGUUAGUAUCACCGAGCAAGAAAACACAAACGGAUCUGCUCAUACUUUAGUCAGUAUCAUCAAGCAAGAAAAUGAGGAUACUUCAUCAGAUUCUAAAAGCUGCAAUGCUGCUGAUAUGGAUACUGUUAUCCAUUCCUCAUUUCCUCAAGGAGAAUCUGUGUCACCAGGUUUAGAAAAAAUAAGUGAAGGUGAUAUGGACGAAAUACUAGAAGAACUUCAAGGCUGUUUGCCCACUUGGGUAACUAAAGGUCAGAUGUUGGAUUUACUUAGUAUUUCGGAUAAAAAUGUUGUUGAUGCAGUCUCAUACUUUUACGAACAUGAAACAGAAUAUCGUGAACAGGUCACUGCCAGUAAUUCUGUUACCUCUUCUUUUGAGGGAAACUCAGCAAAUGAGUCUGCAUUACCUUCCAAACCAUGUCUUGGUAAAAGCCCGCAGCAGGGUGAGACAACUGCAUCAAGUAAAACUGUUAAACUACCCAUCAUGGACAGUUCUAGUAGCAAAAAAGUUUCUCCUGGUAAAAGGAAGAGAAGUACUGGAAACAAGUCCAGUUCCAGUAGCAAAAAAGUUUCUCCUGGUAAAAGGAAGAGAAGUACUGGAAACAAGUCAUUUGAGAAAGCAAAAGGACAUGCGAGUAUGGAUUCUGGUGGACCAAAGCAAUGUACUAUAACAAAGUUCUUCAGUAAAACGCUGCCUCUUUCUUUGCAGAAUGGAAACAGUGAAGCUGAUAACUGCAUGCCACCAAAUGCCUCUAUUGAGGCUUAUAAAGAGGAAGCUGAUCGGUUUAUUCAGAUUAUGAAUGGGGAUGACUCUUUGAGAAGUUAUGCUACCACAGUACUAGCAAAGACUAAAGGAGACAUAAGUAUGGCACUUGAUAUUUAUUUUUCAGAAUACAAAGAUGUAGGAGAGACUAAUGGAGAUGGGAUUUCUAAAACAAACAAAUUGUUGCAACCUCAGUGUGCUAAAGAAAUUUACCCUUCUUCCAAAGAUGAUAAAUUACCCAAAAUAUUAGGAGAUGAUGAUGCCGAUUUGUCGUUAUGUGGUGUUCCCUUUGCUGAUAAUGCUGUAAAUUAUGUAUCACUUCCCCAUGAGAAAUACUCUCCCGUGGAACAUGCUUGCUGGAGUAAGGGGCAGGCUGCUCCAUACAUACAUCUUGCACGAACUUUUGAAUUGGUAAAGGAAGAAAAAGGGAAGAUAAAAGCAACAUCAAUGUUGUGCAAUAUGUUUCGGAGCUUGCUAGCCUUGUCUCCGGAGGAUGUGCUUCCUGCAGUGUACUUGUGCACAAACAAGAUAGCCCCUGAUCAUGAAAAUAUGGAAUUGAACAUUGGGGGUAGUACUGUUGUAGCAGCACUAGAGGAGGCAUGCGGGACAAAGAAAUCAAAAGUACGAGAACUAUACAACAGUCUCGGUGAUCUUGGUGAUGUUGCUCAACUUUGCCGACAAACACAAUCAUUACUUGCUCCUCCAGUGGCACUUACAGUUAGGGGUGUAUACUCUGCUCUUAGAAGGAUAAGCUUGCAAGCAGGUAGUGGGAGCGCCGUCCGAAAGAAAAGCCUGAUUGUCAAUCUCAUGUGUUCAUGUAGAGAGAAGGAGAUGAAGUUUCUUGUGAGAACUUUGGUUCGGAAUUUGCGCAUUGGAGCCAUGAUGAGAACUGUUCUUCCUGCAUUAGCUCAAGCAGUUGUGUUCAAUUCUACUCCUUAUGAAGGACUGGUCGAAAACCUGAAAGAUUGUCUGCAGCGACUUUCAGCAGAAGUAGUAGAAGCUUAUAACAUCCUUCCCAGCUUGGAUGUACUUGUUCCUUCCUUGAUGGAGAAGGGGAUUGAGUUUUCUUCAAAUACAUUGUCAAUGGCUCCAGGCAUACCCAUCAAACCAAUGCUUGCAAAGAUUACUAAUGGGGUCCCUCAAGUGAUGAAACUCUUUCAGAACAAAGCCUUUACAUGUGAAUACAAAUAUGAUGGUCAGCGAGCUCAAAUUCAUAAACUGUCUGAUGGUUCAGUCCGUGUAUUUUCAAGGAAUGGGGAUGAAACAACAUCUAGAUUUCCGGAUUUGGUCAACAUAAUUACAGAAUCAUGUGAUUCCAGAGGAGCAACAUUUAUCUUGGAUGCGGAGGUUGUUGCAAUUGAUAGACAAAAUGGUCCAAAGCUCAUGUCGUUCCAAGAACUAUCUUCACGUGAGAGGGGGUCCAAAGAUUCCGUCAUUGCAUUAGAUAAAAUUAAGGUUGAGAUAUGCAUUUUUGUUUUCGAUGUCAUGUUUGCAAACGGAGAACAAUUGUUGAAUCUGCCGCUCCGUCAAAGGCGAAAAUAUUUGAAGGAUUUAUUUGGUGACGGCAAAGUAGGUUAUUUAGAGUACGCGACAGAAAUGACUGUAGAGUGCGAUGAUGCUUGUGCAGAUGAUGAAGCCACACUGGCUAGGAUGAACAGCUUUCUCAAUGAUGCACUACAUGCUUCAUGUGAAGGGAUCAUGGUGAAGUCUCUUGAUGAAGAUGCUGGGUACGCACCAUCAAAGCGCUCUGAUGCAUGGUUAAAGGUCAAGAGAGACUAUGUUGAAGGAUUAAAUGAUUCCCUGGACUUGGUUCCAAUUGGUGCUUGGCAUGGGAAUGGAAGAAAAGCAGGAUGGUAUAGUCCUUUCCUUAUGGCCUGCUACAACCCUGACACACAGGAAUUUCAGAGUGUCUGCCGGGUCAUGUCUGGGUUUUCUGAUUCCUUCUAUGUAGAGAUGAGAGACUUCUUCGAUGCGGACAAGAUCUGCCAGAAAAAGCCACCCUACUACAGAAGUGAAGAAGUUCCGGAUAUGUGGUUUUCUCCAGAAGUUGUGUGGGUGAUAAGGGGUGCUGACUUCACAGUGUCACCAGUGCAUCACGCAGCCAUUGGUUUAGUCCAUCCAUCUCGUGGUAUUUCUGUCAGAUUCCCCAGAUUCAUACGGUGUGUGUCAGAUAGAAAACCUGAGGAAUGUAGCACAUCUGCUGAUAUAGCUGACAUGUUCCGCUCUCAGAUUAGAAAAAUGGAUGUGAAGGCUGAAAAAUAGUUGUAAAUAUUGGUUUAUUCUCAAGGAACCUCCCU